AUGGAAAAAAAUAAUACAAUCAAUUAUUUUCCAAUACAUAAUGAAAAUAUUAAUGAUAAACAGAAUAUUAAUAAAGGUUCAUCUCUUAUUAAACAAUUAAAAAAAAGUAUUGAAAAUAUUCCAAAAACUACAAAUAAUAUAAAUCAAAUAAUUACUUAUUAUACACCAAAUCGAAAACAAUUAGAUGAUCUUCAAAAAGAAUUAGAGAAACAUACAAAAGCUGUACAAAAUGAAACAUAUAAAAAUCUUUAUUUAAAUGAUGAUCAUUUUAAAUGUUCAAUAUUCAAACAAUUCAUGUUAGAACAAUCAAAUAAUUCUAUUGAUAAAAAUACAAUCAUUAAUAUAAAUAAUCAAAAUAUAGAAAAUAAUUUAGAAAAUUCUGAAAUUUAUUAUUCAAUUGUAAAUGAUCAUUCUUUUUCAUCUAUUAAAUUUAAUUUUCCAGAUCAAAAUUAUUCACAGAAAUAUGAUAUUGAAAAUUGUAUAAUACCAUCAAAAGGUAGACAUUAUAAAACAGAAUUGUGUAAACGUUAUUUAAAUAGUUCUAAUGGAGAUUGUAGUUAUGGAAAUAAGUGUCAGUUUGCUCAUGGAAUUAAUGAACUUAGAUUUGCUCCACGUCAUCCACGUUAUAAAACGGAAAUAUGUUAUAGUUAUCAUGUUUUUGGAGCAUGUAACUAUGGGAGGAGAUGUGAUUUUAUUCAUGAUGAACCAUUGGAAAAGUUGAUUCUGAUUCGACUACAGAAUCAAUUAUUUCAAGCUUAUCGAAAAAGUCAUCCACAUGUACAAGAGGUUCGUUUGAUCGAGUUAUUAGGAUUAAAAGAGGAUAAUUGGGAGAGUUUAAAAGUAUUAUCAUCAGCGUUAUACGAUGAAAAAACGUUUCAUAGUAAUGACGAUAACUUUUCUAUCAUUACCAAUAACGAACUCUAAUAUUUAUGAAGGACUUUCCGUAAUAGAGAUAGAUGUUUCAUGGGUAGAUUGUUAUAUUUGAUUAACUAAAUUUAUCUUAAGUUUAAUAUGUGCAGUUUUUCUUGUUUUAACCAUCAUUUUCACAGAACACAUUUUCAUUUGUGUGGUAAUAUAUUUAAAAUUUAUUUUCUAAGAUUAUGUACAAUGCUUU